AUGCUGCACGAAGUGUAUGCCCCUGGCGACGCAGCCUCAGUGGCUUGGAGCCGCCAAAAAAAGGUUGCGUUUCUUCGUCUCAUUUCCGACAUGCAGGAUGGCAUGCGACCACCGAGUGUUGUUGUCCUCUAUGGCCCAACGGGAUCUGGUAAGCUUUCCUCUGUACGGGUCAUGCUUGAAGAGCAGCGCGAUGCCUUGGGUCGGCCGCUGCUGGUUGAAGUGAUGCAUUCCUGCGAGGCAACGCCGCAGCAGUACUAUAGUUUUCUUAUGGAUACCUUCACGGAGCACGAAAUGACGGGAGAUGACGCGUGGGAGUCACAUCCUGCAGCAUCUUCCGUCCUUGCGGACGUCUCCGGUGAUGUGAAGGAUGAAGCUCGACUGCCGAAUGGCGCCAAGAGUCACCGACUGGCACGCGUGGUGGCCCGGGUUGUGAAGUUUUACGGCGAGUCGCUGUUGUCACCCCUCCACACACGUACCCUGCGUUUCCUUGACCAUUACGACACAUGGAGGUGCAGCGAGCUUUCAGCAAAGUGUAUUAGCGAUGGCACCGGUGCAUUAGAUGGUUCACUUCUUCGGCGCCAUUUUGUGUUUUUCAUCCUCACGACACACGACACACACAGCGAUAAGGUGACACUGGGGAAACUGCUGCCUUCCCGUGUUCUUACACAUUCGUGCAUUCACUUCUUUCACUGCACUCCACUCACAACACGCAACUUGACGGCACGCGUCAAGGAUAUCUUGCGCAUGGAGCGACAGCGGCAAAAGUGUGGUGUUCGACACCGCCUUUCAGAUGACGAGGUGGAGUUCCUGUGCAAGCAUGGUCAUGGCGAUAUUCGUCAGGCGUUGCUGCAGGUGCAGUGGUCAUGCCUUCUUUGGGAAAGGGGCUUGAAUGAAGCAGGGUUAACAUUAACGUCAGCUGAGACACAGGGAAAGGAGAAACCGCAGGCCAAAUCAAAGAAACUGAGAAGUGUCAUGGAUCUUCUUGAGGAUCAUGAUAGCGCUGAAGUGGUGACCUCCACCCUGCAACCACUAAUGGCGGCUGAACAGGGUUCUGAGGAAGAGACGGGAACGGCGGUGCUUUUCCGGGACGAGUAUCUCGAUGUGGCACAUGCGACUGCACGUAUUCUCACGCAGAAAUACACCCUAUCUUCCGUGGUGAGAGAGCUAAACACUGAGCCUGAGAAGUUACUUGGUUAUCUGACAAACAACAUGCCAGUUUACUUCCGUUCAGGGCAAAUGCAAGAGUAUGCAGAGUGUGCUGCUUCAGCGAGUGCUGCUGACGCUCUACGUGCCGCAGAAUCAUUUGGUAAGCGUAGGCAAAGUGGUGCAAGUCUUCACACUGCACGGCUUACCUCUGGAGAUGAUAGCGAUGGCAGUGGCGUCGUGGGGCUGGACCUCAUAUCCCUGAUAUUGUUUGGUAAGACCUACGAGGUUUGCCACAAGGACGUUUGCAUCCCACGUGCACUUGUGGCACAGCGUCCGCCGCCGUACCAGCCUCUGGCCUACCCACGUCUGCGAGAUGUGGAAUUAACGCGAAAGCGUUCGCGGAAUGAUGGCUGGGGAUACACUGAAAAUGAUUUUGAGCAGCAAAUGAGACGAGGGGAACGCGGACUCUACUCGACAGAGUUGGAGUGGCGCCAGGAAUUUAUGCGACGGCUACAACUAUGCGAAGUGAGUGGCAAUUCCUGGCGCAGUACGGAGGCUGAUAUUGUGCGGGAGUCUCUUCCGGCACUUCUCAACAGGUGUGUCGCGUUGGACACGGUGUUGCUGGAGUACGCCCCCUAUGCGAGGUGCAUCGUGCUUGACCGCUCCCCUCUCUCUGCCACUUUCCGUGCUUCGGAUUCGGGUGCGAUCGCGCUCUCGAAGAACAUGGCGUCGGCCAGUAAACGACCUGUGAAACCUUCCCCGAAACCGCCAGGGCCGAAGAAGACGUUAUUCUCUUUUGCGAAAACGAAUGCCCCAUUGCUGCAGAGACGACCAUGUUCCCUUCUACGGUACAAUGUGCUUUGCUGUGGCCUGAGUGAGAGACCUUCUGUCAGGGUGGACUCCUUUUUUCUUGUCCCGCGCAACGAUGAUACCGGUGACGAUGAUGAUCUGUUGGAUGACACGGCGGCCGACUCCAACACCCCGCGGCCACUUCUGCCCGAUGGAGAAGACAUUGAGGAGUACAGUGACUGA